AUCACAAACUGCACCCGGGAACGAUGCUUUCUGUCGCUCGGCAUUUGCCUGAAUUGCACAAUAUAGUCCUCCCCGCUGCUUAAAGUGAAUUUUGGAGCUAUAGAAGCCAGUAAUGACUACAAGCCAAAGCAGUCCGGUUCUUAAAGAUGUUGUGGCCUAUGUUGAUGUGUGGUCGUCCGAGAAAACAGCAAAUUUUUCAAAACCAUUUGUCCAGCAGCUGCAGGAAAUGGGUGCUCAGGUAUCAAAAACAUUCAAUAAACAAGUCACACACGUCAUUUUCAACAAUGGUCACCUGGCCACAUGGAGAAAAGCUAAGAAAAGUAAUGUGAAGCUUGUCUCCGUUCUCUGGGUUGGCAGGUGUUAUGACGACGGCGUGCAUGUAGACGAGGACUUGUAUGCAGCUAUAAAUGAUGAAAGCAAUCCUGUAUUGAUGAACAAGAAACAUCGCUGCAUGCAGCCAAAAGAUUCUCCGGAACGGACACCUGAAAAUGACAGACGCAUGAAGAAGAAAUUAGACAAGAUGAUGAAAGACCGUGUUCCAAAACAACCUCUAGUCACAGAUGUGUCUCCCAUCAUCAUUGAUGAAGAGAGUGGAAUCAUCUACAGCCCUGCGUUGAAAAGAUCAGAUUAUAUGGCAAAACGUUUGAAAGACAUGAAAGAAAAGCGGGAAAACCUCUCACUCAGUGAGUCACAAAUGGUUGAAUCCUGCUCACCCACCGAGCUGAAUCCUUCUCUUGGGAGCACGCCGACUGUUCAAAAAUUAAUGUUUCACCAGGAGGAUGAUUCCUGUGCGUCUGUCGCUGAACCUGGCUGCUUACCUGAUAAACAAAAUGGAAAAACACAAGUUGAUGCUACUGACCAUGGACAUCUUGAAAAACACCACAGGACAGGUUCGGAAAAGCCGUGGCUGUCACCCUGUCGUGAAGUGCACCCUGCUGCGAAAAUUAUAUCGAGUCCUUUGAAAUGCCCUGAUUUUGACAAUGAAGAAGGAAACAGACAACAAAAGCAGAGGAGGUCAUCAGUCAGAAGAAAGCCAGCAGAGAAAUACACAUCUGUGGGUUCGUUGGAAAAUCCUCACCAGCGUGCAAAAUCGGAUAACACGGAGAACUUUACAAAAGAAAAAAGGCAAUCACGGAUAAAAUCAUCCAGCCUAUCGUCUAAAAUAUCUGAAAAGGGAAAACUGCACGUUAAUGAAACCUUUACAGAGACUCAGACCACUCCUUGUCCUGAUAAUGUGAAAUUGUCUAGUUGUCUCUCAUCCCCAGCCAUUUCACGUGAUGCUGCUGUUAGACUGUCAAAAGACACUGCAACUCCACGACGGAGACUGGAACAGAAAAUUUCCAAAGGAGCCAGACCAUCAUUUUCUGCCUUGAUCCGAACAUUCACAAUAUCCAAUGAGUCUCCCAGUAUUGCCCCAGUUUCUGCUGAAGGUGAUGAUGAUGCGUUUGAGGACUAUUUUUCACCAGCAAACCACCACCAGAGAUCAAAAAAUCGUCUCCUGUCUAAUCUCUCUGUGGAGAGUGACAUCCAUAUUCCUCUUGAGUUGGACCCUGUCCCGAAAAAGAGGACAGCAAGGAGAAGUGAAGGCAGUGGGACUGAAUGUAGUGGUAAAAAGAGGAGGAAACUGAAUGAGAGUCCAUGUGGCAAAACUCAACAUCAGCAGUUGGAUUCAAACCCGCAACAGGAUGUUGGAGAAUCUGUGCCUGCCUUGGACAGUCCAAGUUGCAGUUUAACACUUGUGGCUAAAAGGCGAAGACAGAGCACCUUGCCGUUUACAAGCACCAGUACAAUUACAACUGACACAUUAAAACACAGACGAGCAUCCGAACAAUCAGUGUUAACAGGAGAUAAGCCAGUACCAGAGAUGGAGAAAAAAUCUGAAGUCAGUGUUCGUUCUCACACUGUGGAAAGUACAGGAAAUGAAUGCACAGUUGCAGCUGGAUUAAUAGAGAUCAACUCUGAAGGCGAUGUAACUCACAGUGAGCAGAUGAGCUUGUCUCUUAAGAAGAUGGACAGUGGGGCAAAGGCUGUGAGAACAUUGGUUAUGACAAGCAUGCCUACUGAGAAGCAGCACACAGUGCGUCAGGUGGUGAAAGCACUGGGCGGUUUUCUAAUCGUUGACCAGGUUUGUGAAAGCACAACUCAUGUGGUGUGUGGGGGCCACCGGCGGACUCUCAAUAUUCUGCUGGGUAUUGCUCGUGGCUGCUGGGUCCUCUCUUUUGAAUGGAUCCUCUGGUGUUUGGAACAAAGGCAGUGGAUUCCAGAGGAACCUUAUGAACUUUCAGACCAAUUUCCAGCAGCACAGGUUACCGGUGCCAGACGGCAUGUGCUCGCCCUUCAUCAAGCCCACAGCCACUUGUUGGAGCUGCCCGUGGCCGCUCUGAUUUUUAGCCACACCCCCACUUGUGGCCAGCCACUGUGAAGUGCAGUGAAGUGGAGAUUCCUUUCAGUACACACUCACUGAACAGCACAGAGAAGCAGAUGCACAAACUACACAUCAUUCACUAUGUCCUCUACAUGUUUUUUUUCCCUCUGUAUUUGAACAGCCUCUCAGGAUGCAGCUGUCCACGUCCAGGACACUGUGAUAGUAGCCGUGUCCAUCCCAUUCAUUGAAGAGUGUUUCCCGGGCUUAUACAACAAACACUCAUGUAUCUUUGAACUCAAAGGGAGACGUCUUUGUUGAAAUUAAGUCAUUAACUCUUUCAAUUCAUAGUCUUACUUUACUUGUUUAAGAUGUUAAAUCUACUGAAAUCUACAUCUUUUCUUGAUUCCUGAGGCUAGAUUAAUAUAAGACUUAAUUUAAAGUCUUAUCUGUUCCUGGUACAGAUCUGUUCCCUGACUACACAAUGAUGGCCUGUUUUCUGCAGUGUAGAUUUAAAUUAUUUUAUAUUGAGUGCAGUUUGCAGAUCCCUAUGAUGGUAUAAAGAGCAAGUACUUGCUAGUGUUGGUGAAAGUUGUUUGAUAACUGUUAAGUUUUAAUUUUUUUCAGAAUCGUCACUUUAAAAUAGUAUGCCAAUCCUGAGUGGUUAUAGACUUUUGUGCGUUAAAUGCCUGAACAGCAAAUAACUUGUUUUCUGUAGCUGAAAGAAAAUGGAAAAUGGAAUGGAAAAGGAAAUGGUUUUGAAAACAAAUCACCCCUGGGAUAUGUAUACUAGGAAAAUAGGAGGCUGGUUCUGUAAAACACUCACUCUGUAAAACAAUGUAUCAGUCUGCAAGACCUAAAUGAAAGGUUUUACCAUAGUUGUAGAAUCGUUCCAGUCUGGCAGAGUUUUUGCAGUGGUUUAAAUCUCUCAUGUCACACUGGUGAGCAGCGAGCAGGUGUGCUGUGCAGGAAGAACUUUGACAUCGGAGGACGUUUUGUUCUAUACUGCAGGAAUGUGCCUCUCUCACGGACCCUUAGAAAAUGCCUGAGUGACUUCAUUCUUUACACUUAUAAAAGGCUACAUUUUUCAUCAUUUAUCAUUUUUUACUGGGCAUAACCACACUUAUGGUGUCAACUACACCAUAUUUUAUUUUUGACAGGAAAGCCUUAGAUUUUCAGUGGGAUAGAAAUACUGAAACAGAAUUGUAGGAAGUGGGCUGAGGUAAUACUUACUGUAUACGGGAAAUGCAACAUAUUUAAGGCACAUUACCAAAGAGGAAAGACUUGCCGUCAUUCCAAAAAAAACACUGACUUUUUCAGAUGCUCAUGCUGAAUCACUCAAAGAAAGAAGAAGUAAAUGUGUUUAUACCAGCUCCUGUAUUUUAGUUUGUUUAAUGGUUAUGCAUCCAUUUAAUUUUUCACUAAGCCACUUCACUACAUUAACCAUACACUACUAAGUCAGCUUACACCUGGAGAAAACAUUGUGAUUCACUGAAAUGUCAAGCACACAACUAGCAUUUCAUUAUUCAGAGCCCUUAGGCCCUUAGGCUGUAUUUAUUCUCGUCUGGCAUUGGUUGUGGGGCCGAACAUACUCUCUGCAGACUCACUGUGCUCAGCAGGGCAUACGUUCAUACACUUAGUGGCUGCAGGGAUAUUGAUUAAGUUGACAGAAUAAGAAGGUAGUAUUCCCAUGUGAAAGAUUAAUUAAAUUAUUACUGGCACAAUAAAAUGCAUCUCAUUUAGGCUGCAACAGUCUCAAGAGUGUUUUUCAGAGAAAGCUUUUUCACCACUGACAGCAACACUGGCUUACAGCUAAUUUAAUGACUGUUAUUAUAGUGUACCAUUCGACAGCAUUUGAAUAUAACUUCCUCUGCACUCUAGCACUCCUGUCAUGUGCAGACAGACGUGUUAAUUAUGGUAAAUGUGCAUUAAAUGCAGAAGAUAAUGCAAAGUCUAUCAAAAAUGGGAAGAAUUAGUAAAGAAAUACACAAACCUGCAUGAUUGUUUCUUUACUCUUGAAGGUACAAAUACAGAUACUUUCCUACUUUCCAGGUCCAUGUGGAAUGGCUGUAAACAGCAAUGUGAGAUUAACAGAGUGAUGUAACUCAGUGUAAAAAAAAGUCUAUGUACUGAACGUGGAUGGGGCAUCUCUUAA